AACAGAGAGGUUCUUGGAAAUCAACAAACUAAUAUAAUGUUGUUCAUAUAAUUUCCCUGCUGCUGCAUAUCAUUCACAAAUUCAUCUCAACGCACCAAAUUGAAAAUUCUCUCAACAAUCUCAGAGAAAUGACAACAACAACAACAGCAUCCUCUAUGUUCUCUGCAUAUGCCUCCUUUGCAGGAUCCAUGAUGCUGGUCCGUUCCAUGGCCAACCAGCUCAUCCCAGACCCCAUCCGCUCGUACCUCUACUCAAAGCUUAAUUACCUUUUUACCCCCCUCUCCUCCAACCUCACCAUGAUCAUCGACGAGCUCUCCGGGGCCGCCCGCAACCAGGUCUACGACGCGGCUGAGGUCUACCUCAAAACCAUCCCCAUCAGCCCUUCCACCGAGCGCCUCCGAGUCAGAAAAACAAGCCGGCAAAAGAGCAUCACCAUCGCCAUGCACAAAGACGAGCAACUCUCCGACACCUUCCACAAUGUCAAGCUGACAUGGCACUUCAAGUCCACCGAAGCCACGAACGGCGGCAACGGGAGAAACAAGAAGUCUGCGGAAAAGCGUCAUUUUGAGCUGAGUUUUCACAAGAAACACAAAGACAAAGUCAUCGACUCAUACCUGCCCCACGUGCUUGCUCGGGCAGAUGCCAUCAAAGAAGAACAAAAAGUUGUGAAGCUUUACAGCCGUAGCCUGUGUUCGUACGAUGAUGACAUGACUCUGAUCAGUAGCUGGGGCUCGGCAAAUCUGGAGCACCCGUCUACUUUCGAGACGAUGGCUCUGGACCCGGAGAUGAAGAAAAUGAUUAUGGAGGAUUUGGAGAGGUUUGUGAGGAGGAGGGAGUUUUAUAACAAGGCAGGCAAGGCUUGGAAGAGAGGCUACUUGUUGUAUGGCCCUCCUGGCACUGGCAAGUCAAGCUUGAUUGCGGCCAUGGCUAAUUAUCUCAAGUUCGACGUGUAUGAUUUGGAGCUGGCUAGUAUUUACAGCAACCAUGAACUGAGGAGGGUUUUGUUGUCCACUACAAAUCGUUCAAUUUUGGUGAUAGAGGAUAUUGAUUGCACUGUGGAUUUGAAGAACCGCAAGUUGAAGGACAAAGACUAUUCUCAACUACCUAACAAGUUGACACUCUCUGGCCUACUCAACUUCAUAGAUGGAUUGUGGUCAAGCUGUGGCGAUGAGAGAAUCAUUGUGUUCACUACAAACCACAAGGAUCAGCUCGACCCUGCAUUGCUGCGUUCUGGUCGAAUGGACGUCCACAUUCACCUCUCAUACUGCACCACAAGUGGGUUCAGGAUCUUGGCCUCUAACUACCUUGGCAUCCAUGGUGGCGGCAACGACCCUCAUCCGCUUUGCAGCGAAAUUGAAGGGUUGAUAGAGAGCGCAGAGGUGACCCCUGCAGAGGUUGCCGAGGAGCUCAUGAAGAGUGAUGACGCUGAUGGUGCUCUUCAAGGACUUGUCAAUUUUCUGAAACGUAAGAAGGUUGAGAGUAACAAAACCGAGGAUAAGAGUGAAGGGUCGACUGAGAAAGCAAAGAGGCAGAAAACUGAUGAGGGUGAAGAAACAGAGUAAAUUGCUGGACUUGGGUUUCUGAUCAACUCAAACAAUGAAAAUAUAGGGAGACUAGAUGAGUAAAGUUUGAAUUGCCGUCCACUUCUUUGUAGCUCUUUUGUUUUGUUUGAGUUUUUGUUUUAUUUAAUAAAUUAGGUACUUACUUUUGAA